AUGUCUGAAGAGCAGCAACCCGAAGAGCGUAUCAAAAAGAGGAAGUUUGUAACAAGAUACAGCCGUCCUAUCGAGUUCGUUGCCUCAGAGUCAUCACCCAAAAAGCGAAAAGCAACAGCCACAGUUGUGGAUUCAUCUGACAAAAUCAAUGGGGACAAAGUUGCUUCAUUCUACCGCAGCAUUGUCUCUUCGCCGUCAAUUGCAGCAACUGCUUCAUCAUCCACAAAGAAAGAAUCAAAAGAAAAAGAACUAGAACCAAAGGAAAAGCCAACUGAGGAGACCAUGAAGUGUGAGAGUUGUGACAUGACAAUAUCUAAAUCUGAUUACAAACGACAUAUACAAGGGACAGCGCAUAUGGUCAGCAAUCAAGCAAUGUAUCCACUGACACCUGAUAUUCUCACUCUUAAUGGGAGCAAUGUAGGAUUCAGAAUGCUCCAAUCCCAAGGCUGGCAGUACGAACAAGGUUUGGGGCCAGAUUCUCAAGGAAGAAGACAUCCCAUAGCCACGGUGCUCAAGCAAGAUCGAUUAGGUAUUGGCCAUCAAGACACUGGCAAGAAAGUAGUAACUCAUAGAUACAAGGAGAUUGAAAAAAGGGCUAUUGAACGUCAACGCAUGCUAGCCGAAAGCCAAAAGGAUCCUGGGAAAGAGAUAGCGAAGCAAUCAAAAGCCGAAUCAGAGAAACGGGUUGCCAUCUUGCGGUACAUGAAGGAAUGA